AUGGGGAACCUCCGCUCGAGAAACGGCUGUCUCACCUGCCGGUCACGACAUGUCAAAUGCGAUGAAGCACGGCCGAUCUGCGGCAACUGUCAAAAGUCCAAUCGUGACUGUCGGCAGGUAGAGCAUCAGGAGGCACCAAUUCGCUUCCAUGACAUGAGGAGGUAUGCCCGCGCGUCGCGGUCCGGGUCCAAGACGCCGGAGAGCAGCAGCAACAGCAGCGGGAGGAGCCCUCCAUCUCCAAUCCAGCGUGAGAACGGACAUGACCAUAGGCUCCGUGGGCGACGGGCCGAUUCCGUGGGCGGCAGGUCGACCCCUGGACAGGUGGUGGCCUCGCCCCCGUUUACCGCCGCUCCCAUGAUUUCCAUCGCCCAGCUGGUCCACCCGCAACCCGCUUCUCCAGACUUCUUCGUCUCGAGUCCAUGGCCGUCAGUAGUGGAUCCGGCUCCGGCAAUCCCGGCAAGCUCUCCUCCGAAGGCGCUGGCUCGCCAUGAGGCCGCCCUACUGCACCACUACUCGGCACACCUCGGCCGGUGGCUGGACUGCACCGACGCGUCUCGGCAGUUUACGCUCAAGAUCCCCGCGCUCGCCAAGACGUGCCCGGUCUUGUUGGAGGCCGUCAUGUCGUUCGCGGCCAGGCACAUGGGCGACGCCGAGGCGGCGAACCUGGCGCACGAGCGCUGCAUCACCAUGCUCAUCGUCCUCUUGGGCUCAGAGCGGGUGGUGGAUGACGACGUGCUGCUCUGCGCCAUCGUCAUCCUCCGCGUGUUCGAGCAGCUGACGGCUCUCGGCAACGGGAGCGACCGGGAGAGGCACCUGGCCGGCUGCAGCGCCCUCCUCCGGGCCUGCCAGGGGCCCCGCGUUGACCCAUCCGCUCCCGGGCUGCGCGACGCGGCCUUCUGGGUCUACAUGCGCCAGUGUCUGUACAACGCCUGCAUCAACCAGCAGGCGCCUAACGUGGACUUCUCCCUGACCCUGCUCCCCAUUCCUAGCCCCCUAAGCCCCGACGACAACCUCCGAUGCGAAACGGCAUGGGCCAACACCAUGACGUGGAUCUGCGCCACCAUUGUCCAGUUCUGCUUCGGCCCGCACACCCAAGACCACAGCACCAAGAUGCCGAGGUGGCAAGAACUGAACGAGGCGGUGGAGGACUGGGCCAGGUCUCGGCCGCCCAGCUUCGACCCGAUCUGGCAGGGCGACGGGUCCUGCGACGGCAACCCCUUUCCCGAAUACUACUUCGCCGCCGACUGGCACGCCGUUGCCUUCGGCUUCUACAACCUCGCCUGCAUUCUGCUGAUAAUAUACAAACCUAACCCGCGUUUCGCCAUCCGCAGUGCCCAGGCGCGGGGGCUGCGAAAAGAAGAUGCGCAGAUCUUGGUGCAUGCCCGCGCCAUGUGCGGUUCCUGCAAGAGCGAUCCCGGCAACGUGCCGGCGAGAAUAACCUUGUGUCACAGUCUCUUCCUCUGGGGCGGUCUGUUGGACGAUCCGCGCGAGAGGGCAUGCUUGCUGGAGCUGCUUCAAGAGGUCGAGCACGACCACGCCUGGCCAACAGCAUGGAUCAUAUCAUUGCUCGAGAAGGAAUGGGGAAUCUCUGAGCCGCAGCCGUGA